AUGGACGUUGCUUUUGAGCUACAACCGACCUCUCCGCCACGCGACCGCGUUGAUUCCGCAGACAAGUUGGAUAUCAACAUAAAUGCCGAUGAUAUCCGGCCGCAGAAUGAAUAUAUGACCACUGCCUCCCAUGAAACCGGCGCCCCAUCACCGUCACCCGCCAUCACUCAAGAUAAAUGA